AUGAGAUGGAGACCCUACAUAAGCUGGACCCCACACGAGAAACCUUCCAAAAGCUCACAGCCCUUUAGGAUAGAACUCCGAUCCCUGUUAGCUCUAAAAGCACAUAGAUCGGUCCAACUGACGAGGAGCUCAUUCUAUGCCCAUGGCAACAAGAGCAGGAAGUUAUUGGCCUGGGUCUUAAAGACAAAACUCCAGAGAUCUUUUAUUGCCAACAUAUUAGAUGGGAAGUGGAAGCAAUGCAACGCUACAGAUGACAUAGCUGCGGCAUUCUGCGACUUUUAUAGUAACCUCUACAAUCUAACCCCCGCAACAGGAACAUCCCCUUACAUGCGGGAAUAUAUCACCUUGAAUCUCCCACUCACUGUCCCCAAUGAAGCGGGAAACACACUGGAAGAGCCAUUCUCCCCGGCGGAAUUAUCUCUAGCUAUUAAGACCAUGCCGAAGGCAAAAACCCAGACCCGGACAGACUGA